CAGGAGACCCUUUUACUGUGUUUACUGCUGAACUCGCCACAGCGACUGACAACACAUCUAACAGUUCAUCAGUCUCGCAAACAUGGCCACCCUGAGCUCGAAGCCAGGUUUGCGUUACAGUGUGUCUGACUGGGCGACUAAUAACACACAGAUAUCACACACUGCGGAGAACAAGCGCAAUGUUUCAAACGAGAUACGCCAGGAAGGAAGAGCUCUGCGCAAUGAGACGACCUGUAAGACAAACUGGGAUGAGUAUGACAGCAGCAGGCGACUGAGUGACAGGAUCAAUGACGUCACGCGCUGGAAGGAGAAUCUGAAAGCGUGUGCACAGCAAGUGGAUGCAGAAAUGGACGCUCUUACUCUGUCCAAGGAGGCGACAGAACGAGCCCUUGCUGCCACUGUUCUGCCCCUUGAAGUCACUGCCGAGUGCUUGAACCUCAGAGAAGGUCGUCGUGGCAAGGAGCUGGUCUGUGACCCUGUAGAAGCUGAACUGAAGAAGGAAGUAGAGGUGCUUGAUGGAGCACAGCGCAUCCUUCAGCAGUGCAUUGAUCAGGCUUUUGAACAGCUGUGUCGCUUACAGGAAGCAAGGCAACAGCUGACAAUUGAUCUUCAGGAUAAAAUAGAGGCCCUUGAUGUGGACAUGUCAUGCUUGUCUCUCACUAUACGGUCACCUGAGAUCUCCCUGAAGCCAAACCCCACAAGAGUGCCGCCCGGUUCCACAACUCCACAGCAGUGGGAGCAGUUCAGUCGAUACAAUGUUGCCCGAGCUAAAGAAGAGAUGCAGGCCUCUGUCCAUAUAAGAGAGAACAACAGCAUCACAAGAGCACAGGUGCAGAAUGAGCUGGAGGCCCAAAGAAUGACAGUGGAGUUUGCUCUCCGUAAGCGAACUCACCACGAGGAACAGGCCUACCACGAAAUGCAAUGGCAGCUAAAAACUACUCAAGAAGAGAUUGCCGAGCUGGAGAAGGACAUUAGUCACCUAGAGGAAGACAUGCAGGCCAAGACGGCUCCUCUAAAGCUGGUCCACACCCGUCUAGAGAACAGAAUCAAGAGGCCUGGCAUGGACCUGUGCCGAGAUGAGGUUCAGUUUGGUUUGGUGGAUGAAGCCAAGCAACUGGAAGCCACCAUUCUAGCACUGAAACAAAAGUUAGCACAUGCCCAGCACUCUCUGCAGUCUCUGAAACAGCAUGAAGCUCAGAUGAUGGAGGAUUUGUCUCGUAAGCAGGACGCCCUGUCGCUGGAGCAGCGAAGCAGCCAGACCCGUCAGCGCCUGACUUUGGGGGUCCAGACUGAGGGUCUGCCCUCAGCUGUGGUGCCUCUCACCAAUUCUAGUGGCAGACAAAAGCUGGACCUUGCUUGAGUUAACACCCUGUUUCACAACUCAUACUUAUGGUGACGUCACAUUUGCCAUUGCUCAUAAAUUUUUUUAUGGGAAAAUCAGUUUAUUCCCACAGGAAUAGAGUAAAACAAAGUAAGGUGACCAGACUUGCCACUUCGCAGGGAUUUGUCUGCUGCUCAGCUCUCUUCCAUGCUAGGCUGCAUGGAUGCAUAGGGAGUUCUUGUCCAGAACAGAACCAUAUUGCCAAUACAAACUGCUAAUUGUCAGUAAUCUUUGAUGAUAAUGGUCCUGACAGAAAUGUGCAAAUCAAUCGUUGUAUCACCUGAGCAGAAUUUGCCCCGGGAAUUGGCACGUCUGGUCACCUUAUCAUAAACAUUUACCAUGCAGACUUCACUUGUGUUUAAGCUGGAAGUGUUAGUAUUGAAAUUGACUGAAAUGUGUGUAGUUCAUUAUACAUCUCUACACUAUUGACAAUACUGUAAAAGGUAUAUAUAUAUUUUAAUUUUUUUAUAUAAUUUCUUCACUAAUGUGACCAAACCUUUAGUCUAAAUCGAUUUAAAGGACUCAUAUUUUACUUGUUCUUUUAAAAUUUAAAUCAUAACUGAAAACUUACUCUUCAGCCCAAUGCAGAGUUGCCAGGUUUGCAAAACAAAACCAGCUCAAUGGCCAAUCAAAAC